UCUGUGAAACUCACCUUUAAGUUUUCUGAAAUUCAAAAUUUGUUACGAAAGAUGAGUGUGAAAAAAAAGGCUGCACUUGUCAUCAGCUGGCAGAAGUCAUUUUCCAUCAUGGCCCCUUGGAGGAAAGGUAAAGGAGACAGUAAAAACACAUUACUGGACAGUGAGGUUGUCCUGACAAAAAUGAAGCUUUUCAGCAACUUCCAUGAAAGUCUUCUGAGGGCUGAUGACGCCGUGUCCACCAUUUCCACAGUGUCAGUUAUUGACCAGGAAAACUCACACUCCGAGCUGAAUUCUCAGCUUAAUGAAAAGCCUCAGAUCAAGUCUGGCUCCAAAUAUCUAUCUGCCAUUUUGUCAGAUUCUCAUCUCUCAAACUUGUACAAGUGUGAAUCUGAGGACUCUGGAGUGGAGCUCCCCAGCGGAGCUAAUUCACCAUCCACCCCAACAGGAUCUGAGCAGAGCUUUGUGGUCCACAGUCGAGAGUCUUCCUGUGACUCCUCCAACUUAAACUCUGAGCCCACCGUCCUCUCUGACAGACUCGUUGCAGAUACAAAGAACACUGAGAAAAACCAGGCAAAUGACUCAGCGGAUAACAGUUUAAAUACAACAGUGGAUACACAGGAUAGUUUGUUCAUUCAUUCAAAUACACUUAUUUCUUCGGCUAUAACAGUAGAGUUGCACAUAGGUGAGGAUGUGGACCAAUGCAGGGUUUUGGGUGCUGAACAAAGUGAGGAUGCUGAAGAAUCCAGUGCUGUGACAGGAAGGACCAGCUCAGAGGAUACGAGGCUUGGAGAGCAAUCCUUAAUACAAAGCUGUGAUGACAUGACAAGCAAAGUCUUUGAACCCGAGCCUAUUAAAAGGAGUAUCACCAGUGACAGCCUGGAAGAGUACAUGGAUGAAUGCUGCAGAUUAAGUAAGGAACAGCAAGUGAGCUCCAGCCCGCUAUCAUCAGGACUGGGUUACCUGGAGCACAUCUGUCAACUCGUUGAGAAGAUCAGCCAGAUGCAGGAGACUAACCUCCAGCUGCAGAGGCAGCUCUGCAGUCUGCAAAAGGAAUGCAGGAUGAGAAAGGCCAAAGAGGACUUCUUCAAAGACUACUGCAGCUGUGGUGCAGCCAGUUUAGCCUUCCAGGAUUUUCAGAAAACACAAUCCAGAGAUGAGUUUUCAUCACCCAGUGGAACUCUCUCAGACCUGUCAGCCAUUCCAGAGGUCACACAGCACCCACUCAUGUCGACCAGUGGAGGAGUUACAGGUGAUGCUUUAACACUCGUCCCUCCGUGGAGGAAGAGCCUAAACCAAAGGAGUUACACUGAGGGGGAGGUCCACGGGGACAGCACUGAGGGGCUCUCCAUCACUCAGCACACACUGAGUGAAAACAACACAUGGGCCAGAGUCAAAGACAUGGUAAGGAAGACUAAGUUAAGGAAUCACAGCAGGCUGGGAACAGCCUCAGCUUCACUGAAGAUGUCCUGCCCACAGCUCUACAGACCUGAUCUGGAACCAGUACAAUCAUCUGGAACAAGCAGGAACUCUAUGAUUGCCUUGGGCCACCGGAGUACACUGGACUUCCCGUGGCUUGAGUAAGGAUCCAGGUAGUGAAGAGUGCUUUUUAUAAAAGAGCAGAACGACUUUAACAAAGACCAAAUGAUGAUGGCCAGACGACUGGGUUGUAGCAUCUCCAAAAUAAUAAGAACAGUGAUAUAGUUUUGAGUACUAAAGGGUCUGCUAUCCUUAUAGUGACAUAAUUUCAUUAUCAGAAGAUAAACUGUGAAAACUUCUGCAAACCUGGCUGUUUAUUAUGGACUAUACAGAUGCACACAUAGCAAAAUGUGCAGGGUCCACAUACAGGGACAUAAAUUAUGACAUGUUUUUACUUAUGUCCUUUUAUUUGUUUGUUUGUUCCUCAUUAAAUGCAAUGCUGUGCAAAAGCCUUGAGGCACCACCAUUUCUUUCAGAUUUUGCUUCCAGACUGUCUUGGAUUUUGUGUAAUAGUUCUCCACUCAGUUUUCACUUUCAAGGCUUUUAUUUAUGAAUGUUUUAUGGAAUCAGGAAAAGGGGAGGACAAAGAGGAUGUAGCAGGUGUAAAAGUAUCUGCAGCACGUGAACAGUAUCUGAAAGUGAUGUACUUAAGAAAUGAGAUCAAAUCCAGCAAAGAUCUGACACAUGACCAGAGAGAUGCAUCUGCCUCAUCUACUCUUCACCAAAGCCUCAUCAGAAACAGCCUCAGUAGAAGGCUGGCUGUCAGGAGGCCAUUCUUAAAGAUGAGGUAUGCCACAGUGCACAAGAACUGGACUGAAAAUCAGUGUCAGUGGGACUGAUGGGGUGCUGAAGCCAAUCAGCGAAUCAAGAUGUGAUUGGCUGAUUUCUGCCACGUGUGUUCUCAGUCAAGAAAUUACUUUAACUGUCUGACUUGUGGCCCAUUUCCAUUGGCAGCCAUAUAUCCCAUACAUGGCUAUUACAUGUUCUCUAUCAUGUUUUAUGCUUUGAAUCAUGAGCUGUUCCUUUCCUCCGUCUUGUGUUUGUUUUUGCAGAAACAGCCUGUCUGAUCGGACCUCCUCGCUCCUGAGUGUAACAAGUAGUUGUAAACUUUCUGUAUUUACAUUCAUGAAGUCAUCUUUUGAUUGUAGACUUUGACAUCUGCUUCUGUGAGACUGUUGUGCUGAGCUGGCUAGUUCAGUCAUUCUUUUUCAAGAAUGUUCAAGACUUUUUAUUUGACAGCUGCUAAAAUCUGCAGUCUCUCCAGCCUAAGUAUGGCCUCUUCCACAGCAGCUCCUGUGACCUCAUAUUGAGACUUGUAGUGCACAGCUACCAAUGCAGGUUCAACAUUUCACAGCACAUCCAGUGUAACAAGAGAAUAAAACAUCAUCUGGCCAUGAAA